AUGAAGACGGCCAACCUCUUGUCCUUCUUUUUCGCCAUGGUGGCGGUGUCGGCGACGUUGGGCUGGAUCUCCGAGAUCGGGUCGCUGAUCACCUGCUUCCUCUUUAAGACCAACUGUCCCUCCACUGGCGGCGGCGGUAACGGCUCUCCGGCUCCGUCCAACCCCAACCCCACCUCCCCGGCCCCUACUUCCGACUUGGAGUGUGACGAGGAGUCCACCAGCCAGGCGCCGGCUCCCAAGCCCACCGAGUCGAACCCGCCUCUGCCCGGUACCACCCUUCUGACCAGUCAGGCUCCUCCGCAACCGACGUCGUCUCAGCCGCCUCAACCGACUUCAGCUCAACCGCCUCAACCGACUUCAGCUCAACCGCCUCAACCGACUUCAGCUCAACCGCCUCAGCCGUCGCCCAGCGACGAAUGGGAAUGUGAUGAAGAAGACUCUGGUUCCGGCAGUUCCGGCUCCGGUAAUGGUUCCGGCAGCGGUUCCGGCAGCGGUUCUGGCAGCGGUUCUGGCAGCUCUUCUCCUGACGGGUUGAAGAAGGACAACUGGUGGACGCCCAUCACCAACUUCUUCAACAGUAUCUUUGGCAAGCGCGACGUGGUUGAGUCUCCGGUAGACCUCCACGCGCGCAGUGGUGCCGGGAGUAACGUGGUGGCCCUGGGCGCGGUGGCACUUGCCGGGCUUGCGUUGUUGAUGUGA